AUGGGCGAAGAGUACAUCUGUAACUUGUGUUUGUGUUGUAAGCCGAUUGUACGGGAAGGAUAUUUCUAUGAAUUGGACGAAUUUGCCGACAGACCACCCGCUCAAAGUCCUUGCUCGCUUUUUAGGUCAAAGCUGUGGGAAAAAGCCCCCUGCGCGAAACCGCCCCCGAACGGAGGUGGUUGGCUAAGAAGUACCCCCUCUAAUCAGGAAGACCGGGUUACAAGUGCAUCAUGUCUUAUGGGUAAAACUGCCAUUGUUACUGGGGCCAAUUCAGGAAUUGGUUAUCAAACUGUUCUGAAUUUGGCUUCACGAGGGUGUAGGGUGAUUAUGGCCGAUGUAGCUGAUAUGACGAAGUCAAAAGCAAAAGUCAUAGAAUACACGAAUAAUCCAAACAUCGUGACGAAAUUUUUAGACCUGGCGUCUUUACAGUCAGUGCGAGAUUUUGCCUCCGACGUCAUCAAAAGUGAAGACAGACUGGACAUGUUGAUUAACAACGCUGGAAUUUUUAUAACCAAAGAGAACAGAACCAACGAUGGUCUUCACCCAGUCAUGCAGAUCAACUACUUUGGUCCAUUUCUGCUAAUUCAUUUGCUUAUAGAUUUGUUGAAGAAAACAGCCCCGAGUAGGAUAGUGAGCACGAGCUCUUCAGUAGCCUUUUUCAACAAUUUAUCUAUAGAUAAUUUAAAUUUCAACGACAAAUCUGGUCGAUUCAUUGAUAGAUUUCGUGGUUAUGGAAAUUCUAAAUUUGCUCUAAUAAUAGCGUCUGAUAUUAUUGCCGAGAGGUUAAAAGGAACCGGGGUUACAUGUAACACGAUUCAUCCAGGAUACGUUGCUACUCCCAUAAUGCCUAAACUGUAUUCAGUUACAGAAAAUAUAUUUUUGAACACCCUUAUACGCUGGUACUGGAUGAUUUACACGAAGUGUCCAUGGGAAGGUUCACAAACUUUAGUGCACGUUGCCCUUUCGAAAAAGCUCGAAAAGGUAAUUGGGAAGUAUUUUUGGGAUUGUAAACCGUUCAUCAAACCAUGGGGAGCAAAUAAUAAACGGUUUUGUAACCAGAUUUGGCAAGCAACGGAACAGAUUGUUAGUUUGAAACCCGAAGAAAAACUCUGA